AUGCAAGUGGAAGUUUUGAAGAGCCCCGAUAGCUCCUGCGACAGCUUCAAAACAUCUGAAGAUAAAUCGGACGCAAAGCCUUCAUGGAAAUCCUCAGAAGAAGAAGAGACGACUGAAGACGUUACUUUCCAGCCUUCACACCCGGUCAGCCUGGAUCGAGCGCCCUCAAUCACUCCAAGCAUCAAGAGGAAAGAUGAAAAGUUGAACAUGUCAACCAAUGACUCGAGUGCCCAAGCGGCUCAAAUAAUUGCCUCGGAGAAAAACCCGCUUUCAAUUCAAAGCUGCCCGCCGUUAUCCGUAUCAUCGUCCAACAUGAUCAAGCGGAUCGUCGAAAACCAAAACCUUCUAAUCUGGCAAGCCUAUGACGACUGGAGACAGAAAUUUCCUCGACUCCAGCCUGAGGAGGACGAGGAUGUUGAAGAAACCGAGUUAGAAUCCGAAACUGAAGAUGAGCUGUUAUCCUCCGAAACCCUAGCCGUCGAAGCUUGA